GUAAGCUCGGCAAUAAUAGAUGCUAUUGUGAUGUAAUAAUAGCUCGAAUUUUAUAUUCGUGAGUCAAAUCGACGGAAUCGGCGUUCAAUAAUCCUAUCAAGACGCACCCAACAGGCAUACCCGAUUGGCCGGCCUCGGCGACAUGAGGCUAUAGAGCGGCUGGCCGAGGCAGGAUGUCGACGCAGUGCAGGCACUUUGUGCAGAACGCCUGGAAGAAGGAGCUCUGCUCGAACUGCUUCAAGGCGCGCGAGGACCAUGCCAAUAACCAGGAGACGCUCAGGCCUGUCGUCGCUAGGACGGCCAAUAGCGUCAAGAGGGUCGCGCACAAGGUCCAGGGAAUCCUGCGCCCGAAGGAGAGCAACAGCCUGUGCAACGUCCAGCAGCAGGUGCGCUCGAAGCGGAAGAACGUCGCCUUUCCGGACUCGCUCGCCGAGAUAAUCGGCUACGAUGGCGGCGACGACUUCGCCUCGGACGAGGAGAGCGGCUAUACGGUCGACGACCCGGACAGCCUUAACGGGGACACGAGUCUCGAGGUCGAUGAAUUGCCCGACAGCGAGGAGGAGCGCGCCCUUGGCAACCUUACGCGCGCCAACACCAAUUUUAAUACCGUCACGGCCAACUUGAGCAGCCCACCCGAGGAGCCCAAGACGCCGGCGAAGAGCUUCAGUUCCCUUAUGCUCGGCAGGGCGCAGAAGGACGGCGAUGGCAGAAAGACGACGCUCCUCGUGUCGGUUAAGCCAUUCGGCGGUGACGACAGCUUGCCCACUGCGAGGAGGCCAAGCGACAAAAAGUCCUUGGAUAUCACGAAGCCGAAAGUAAGCAGCGAGACUUUGGACGUGAAAGUCGAAUUGUCGAUUAUCAAGCCGAUGAAGAAGCCCAUCAAUGAGAAGCCCCUCCAUGUCACGAACAAGUCGUUAACCAGCACGACAACAGCGAGUCUCGGCAAAAUCGUCGAUAUGCCCCUUAUCACGUCGACGAAUUUAAUCACGGUGAUGCGCGACGAGAGCGCACACAAGGCCCUCGAGAGCCCGAAAAAGACGCCGAGUGCAGCGACUAUGAUAACGGCGACGGGAAUAACGGAGCAGAGGCGCGUGACGAGUAUCGCCAGGACUCCGGCGAUCAAGAAGUCGGAGAACGAGAAGCCAAGAAUCAUGGCUCAGCCGAGCGCCGAUCAUAAUGCAGCGCGCAAUCACAAGAACCUGGAGAUGUCAAAUGGCGUGGAGCUGAGCUUGAGUCCCAUCGUUGUUACCGGAGAUCGAAGCGACGGUUCCUCCACCAACUUCGCCAAGCUACCCCAGGAGAUCCCGAGCUACAAAAGCACCUCGAGGAUGAGCGACUUGAUGGAGCGCAGGGUCGAGGGCGAGGCUGCGCACGAGAAGUACACGUUCGAGGUGAGCCGCGAGUCCGCGGGCGAGCCAGACGGGAAGGCGGACGAGGAGCUCGUGGCCGAGCCGUCGAAGGAGCGGCAGAGGCUGGCCGAGCCCCGCGCCUCGUUCCUCCACGGCACGAGCUCGGAGCCGAGGCCGAAGCCGUCGGUGCCGCUGAAGCCGAUAGGCUCGAGCCUCGCCUCGAUCCUCAGCGAGAGCCGGGCCUACGAGUUCCGGGUGGGCCAGAAGACUAACGGCGGUCUCGCGCAUGCGCGCAGCGACAGCCACCUCUGCGACUCGGAGAGGCUCGCGAACGCUAAGCCUGGACAACUACAACUAGCCGGCAGGCAGGUCGAGAGAGCCGCCGCCGUGGAGUCCAGCGGCCAGCUCAACGACUCGGACGCCACCCCCAAGUCGAGCUGCCCCAGGAGCAGCACCGAGAGGGACGAGCAGUUGUUGUGGUACAUUGUGGAACGGGACGAGUUUACGAGAUUGUGGGUGAAGGGUGCGAAAGUGGAAGAUUUCACGCAAAUCAUGUAUCAUCAAUGA